UCCGCCAUCGGGGGGCUGGAGGGAGGCGCUUUUGUUCCCUCCGCUGGCUCUCGAUCCGGCGCUGGAGGAGGAGGAGGAGGAAGGAAGGCGGGCGGGCGGGGAAGCCAGGCAGGCAAGGCAGGGCUGGCUGCUGCUGCAGAGCAAAGAGCCUGUUUUCCUCUCCUUCUCCGUUGUUGCCUCUCUUUGCUCGAGUGAAAGUUGAUUGACGCCACCGUGAAGGGGGAAGAGAGGGAGUUGGAAGGGAGAGACCCAGAAGGUGUCACCCUAGGGUCUGAGAAGUGGAGGAUGAACGGAGAAGCGGAUAGUCCAACCGAAUUAGAAAUGACAGCCCCCAAAAAUCAAGACCGUUGGACCCAGGAGGAUAUGUUGACCCUCUUGGAGUGCAUGAAAAGCAAUUUGCCCACCAAUGAUGGCAGCAAGUUCAAAACCACCGAAUCCCACCUGGAUUGGGAGAAAGUUGCUUUCAAGGACUUCUCCGGCGAUAUGUGCAGGAUGAAGUGGAUUGAGAUCUCUACUGAGGUACGGAAGUAUCGAACCCUGACAGAACUGAUCCUGGAUGCUGAGGAGCAUGUAAAAAAUCCCUACAAGGGUAAAAAGCUGAAGAAACAUCCUGACUUUCCCAAGAAACCUUUGACCCCAUACUUCCGUUUCUUCAUGGAGAAGCGAGCAAAAUAUGCAAAGCUGCAUCCAGAAAUGAGCAACCUGGAUCUUACCAAGAUACUUUCCAAAAAGUAUAAGGAGCUCCCUGAAAAGAAAAAGAUGAAGUAUAUCCAGGACUUCCAGCGGGAGAAACAAGACUUUGAGCGAAAUUUGGCAAGAUUUAGGGAAGACCACCCUGACCUCAUUCAGAAUGCCAAGAAAAAUGAUAUCCCAGAGAAACCCAAGACCCCCCAACAGCUCUGGUACACCCAUGAGAAGAAGAUCUACCUGAAAGUGCGCCCUGACGAAAUGAUGCGAGAUUAUAUUCAGAAGCAUCCAGAGAUGAACAUGGAGGAGGGGGCACCCCCUCGUGCUACCCUGACUAAAGCAGAAAGGCAGCUGAAAGACAAGUUUGACGGGCGACCCACUAAGCCCCCUCCGAAUAGUUACUCACUUUACUGUGCUGAACUGAUGGCAAAUAUGAAAGAUGUUCCAAGCACAGAACGGAUGGUACUCUGCAGUCAGCAAUGGAAGCUUCUUUCCCAGAAGGAAAAAGAUGCCUACCACAAAAAAUGUGAUCAGAGAAAGAAAGAUUAUGAAAUUGAACUUCUGCGUUUUUUGGAGAGCUUACCUGAAGAAGAACAACAGAGGGUUCUGGGAGAGGAAAAGAUGCUGGGAGUAAACAAGAAAGGUGCCACCAGUCCUGCCUCUAAGAAGUCCUCACCAGAUGCCAGCAAGGGAGGUUCUGAGAAACCCAAACGGCCCGUUUCUGCUAUGUUUAUCUUCUCGGAGGAGAAACGCAAGCAGCUGCAGGAGGAGCGACCCGAACUGUCGGAGAGUGAACUGACCCGGCUGCUGGCACGGAUGUGGAAUGAUCUUUCAGAGAAAAAAAAGGCCAAGUACAAAGCUCGUGAGGCUGCCCUGAAAGCUCAGACAGAGAAGAAGCAUGGUUCUGACAAGGAGGAUCGAGGCAAGCUUCCUGAGUCACCCAAGACUGCUGAGGAGAUUUGGCAGCAAAGUGUUAUUGGCGAUUAUCUUGCUCGCUUUAAGAAUGACCGUGGAAAAGCACUAAAAGCCAUGGAAGCCACAUGGAAUAACAUGGAGAAAAAAGAGAAGUUGAUGUGGAUCAAGAAAGCUGCUGAAGAUCAGAAACGAUAUGAGCGAGAACUGAGUGAGAUGAGGGCGCCACCAGCCUCAACAAACUCCUCCAAGAAGAUGAAAUUCCAGGGUGAGCCGAAGAAACCCCCCAUGAAUGGAUAUCAGAAGUUUUCUCAGGAGCUGCUUUCAAAUGGUGAACUGAACCACCUUCCUCUGAAGGAACGGAUGGUGGAGAUUGGGAGCCGCUGGCAGCGCAUCUCUCAAAGCCAAAAGGAACAGUACAAGAAGUUGGCUGAAGAGCAGCAGAAGCAAUACAAAGUGCACCUGGAUAUGUGGCUUAAGAGUUUGUCACCACAAGAGAGAGCUGCAUACAAAGAACAUACCUCCAGUGAAUCAGAGGAUGAGGAUGAUGACGACGACGACGACGAUGAUGAUGAAGAGGAGGAGGAGGAGGAUGACGACAAUGGUGACUCUUCUGAGGAGGGAGGGGAUUCCUCUGAUUCAAGCAGCGAAGAGGAAAGUGAAGAUGGAGAUGAGAAUGAAGAAGAGGAUGACGAAGAAGAUGACGAUGAUGAUGAUGACGACAAUGAAUCAGAGGGAAGCAGCAGUUCCUCAUCUUCCUCGGGAGACUCUUCAGAUUCGGACUCCAAUUGAACCGUCCCCUUCCUCUGGCCGCCUUUCUUGCUGUACUCUUAUUCGGUUUUGUUUUUCCGGAUAACAGUAACAUCCACAGCUGGAGACCUAGGAUGGGGAGGAAAUGGGAGAGGAAAAAAAUCACUGUGUUUUAAUUAUUUUCCUUUCCUCACAGGCCUCACAUUGUAUUUAACAGUGUGCUGUUGUUUGUGAGGGGUGGGGUGAGGGUAGAAAAUACCUGACAACCAGCAGAGAGAUCUUUUUUUCUUUUUUGAGGUGGUUGCGAUGGUCUGGAGGGAGAGAUUUAUUUUAUACCCUCUUUUCUCCUCCAUCAUAAAUCUCUCUGGGGAUUCCCCACCCUUUGUGAGAGAUGGGCAGGGGUCGCAACAAAAUCCAGACCCCUUUUAUUACCCUCUUUACAUCACCAUCUCUCUCCCACCCCUAAUUCUAGCCACCAGCUCAGAACUUUGUACAAAUCCUUUUUUAAAAACAAACAACAACAUGGCAGUGUUUCCUUUCCCCCUUCCCUUCACCCCCCAGCAAACAGCCUGGGAGAGAUGGGUUCCCAGGGAGCAUGAGCCAUGGACGGUUCUGGACUUUGCCAGUGAGACCCACCUCUCCUCGAAGUGGACAAUCUUGUAUAGUCUUGAAAUUUCACACCUUGGCAAAAAAAAAAAAGAGAAAGAGAACAAAAUGGCCACAGCUGCACUUAGCUAUUUCCUGUGAUGAACUGGAUAUCCAGCGUUUCCUGCUGAGGGAAAUGGGGUGGGGUUGGGGGGUGGGAAUGUUUCCAUGUCAGUAUGUGGCAAAGAGGAGGAAUGGAAGAACAGGAUUUUAUUUUUAUUUUUUACAAAGGGAAAUGUCUGGCAAGCUGUUGGAGAAGAAGAUUUCAAGAGUUCCAAGGUGACUGACUUUAUUUUGCAGGAGGUGGAUUUUUUCUGUCAUUUUUCUGACCAGCAUUUGGGCAAAAGACAGUAGUAGCCAGACCCCUUUGGGUUAUUGUUGUUGUUAAUAUAUCUAUUUUUUUUUUUAUAAUGAAGUGACCAAUAAUUGUACCAAAAUGGGGCAUUUUGUUGACUGUCUUUGGAAGGGGCGGUUGGUUGUGGGGGAUCAUCUGUGUCAUUAGCAUUUUUUAAAAAAAAAAACAUUUUAUAAACCAAGUAAGACAACCAUCUUUUUUACAACAUCUAUCCUAUCCCAUCUUUGACACCAAGUACUUCAUAUGUCUCUUACCUUCAUCCGGAGUCUAGCAAUUUAGGGUUGUGGUGAGGGAGUUGGGAUGUAUAUAACAGGCACACAGAUUUUUUCCCCGCCAGCAUGCCUUGGUUUUUGUUCAGAUUGUCUUUGUUCCUUUAAUUUCAUGCAGAGGUGUGGUGUUAACAAGAGUCAAAUUCCAGCCUGGGGUGUUUUUCUUAGCCUCUUAUGUUGUUGUUUUUAAGAGCAAAAGCAAGUUCAGUGUUAAAUUAUAUAUUUACCCAGAAAUUUUAAGGACAAAACCAAGCAUAACUGCCAUCAAAACGGAAAUUCCCACAUUUCUCUCCCCCCCCCUCCCUUUUUUUUUAUGUCUAGUAGUACAAAACACCAAGUGGAGUCUGUUGAUAUCCCCAGGAACAGCAAAUGAAAUGAAGCAGAGAAGGGAACUUAUGGUAUGGUAAUGUUGCACAUGGCUGGUCCAGAGUAAAUGAAUGUGAUCAAUUGUUGAAAGGCAGAUCAACACAUAGGUAAAUUUCACUGAUUGAAUGAGUCUGGACUAGCAAGAGAAUUUAGGCUUUGGUAUGCCCAGGCAUUAACAAGAGAGAGAAGGACAAGUUGAAAUCUCUCUCGUUUUCAGUUUGGGCCAGAAAAACAAGCUUGAGGGAAUGGUUUCAUGUUCACGAUCAUGGUUUGGCAAGUAUUCCUCCAUCUUGUAUCCUAUUGGGGUUGGCAAAACUACCGCUUCGGUCACAAUCCAGUGGGCAUGAUGGCACAGAACUAAGUUGAGAAAUGCUGGUUUAGAGUUACACAAAUAAACCACUUCUAGGUGCUUCUCCCCCCCCCCCAACUGAUCCAAAAGAAACCACAUAUACACUAGGGAGCUUUGGGGCAUUUCACUAUGUUUUGAGAGCCCAGGAGGAACCUUUUUGGGGGAAAGUGAUCAGAAGGCACUUCCAGUUUAGAAAAGAGUUCAUCCUGUACUAAAAUAGAUUAGCCUUCCUCCCCAAAUAAAGAAACUUGCCCACAUCUCUUUGAGUUUUGAGGCAGGCUUGUGAGGCAUUUUUAAAGAAAACCCACAAGGCAUUCUAGGUCUGGAUAUGAUAAUAAAUUACUGUUAAGUGAAAAUAGAAGUAAAUUUUGUGUCGCAUUGCCAGAGAAACAGGGUGGUGUACAUGAUUAUACAGCUUAGGAUUCGUGAACAUAAUACUAAACUAUAUCAGAAUAAAGCCAGGUCAAAUAAAAUUGAUGUAAACUGAAACUUAACUGUUACAUCCUAUUAUCUUCUAAUUGCACAGGUAAAUUGUUUAAAGUUUUCUCUUUGUAUUUGCAACAAUUUUUAUUAAUUUCUUCCUAUUCCCCCCCCCUUUUCAUAUUUUACUUUAAUUUUUCCAUACAAAAUGAUUAGUUAAUUCUGUGUGCAUAAGAAAGAGUGUCUCCUUAACCUAGCCUUUAUUUCUGCAUUCUUUGGAAGAUUAGCAGUUCCAUUUUCAGUUUUACAGCCAUGGUCAGCAAACAUUAUCUUGCAACCCAGAUUUGCACCUACAAAGGGCUGCAAAGCAACCUGCCGUACCCUUUUAUUCCUUUUCUUUCCUGUUAUCCCUUACCCCCUCCUUGAGAUGGAGACAGAUAUGAACUGGACACGGGGUGUGCAAUUCACCUUUUUCCUUUGGAUUAACCUGGGAAUCCCAUGUGAGAAUUGUGGCAUAGUUGUCAGGAAAACAGGGUUUACUCUUCUUCCUUUAUUGAAAUCUCUUGCAGACUCAGGGAAAAUGUUUUUUGUUUGUUUGUUUGUUUGUUUUUAAUUCCAGUGCCCAACCCACCCUGGAAACCCUGCCCCUCUUGGUUUGUCAGCCUUGAAUAUUAGGCAUAGGGUCUGGCAAUGGUUGGAAAAUGGCAAGAAUAGAAUAGUUUUACAGGUACAGUGAGCUUGCCAAAUUGGUGGGUUACCAAUCUGCAGAUUAGUGCAUCUAUGGCUCGCCAUGCCCCAUAUUAUUCCAUGUGGUGGCAUGUCACUGCUCACUGAAUAAUAUGGGGCAUGACCAUCCAUAUUUUUCCCAUCCAUGGUGGCAGGGAAGAACCAAACUCCCGCAGAUGGGAAGGGUCCACUGUAUUAAAAGGCCUUGUAAAUGAGCCUUAAAGCUUUGAGGGUGAGGGGGCUUUGUAUGGAGGGGAUUUUAAAGCAGGAAAAUGGGGGCUGGAGGAGACAUUACCCUGAAAGAAGUGUACCAGUGAGGGAACCCAUCCUUAAUGUGUAUGAUUAGGAAAGGCCCCUCUGGCAUUUUUAUAAGUAUUAUUGGUAGCUGGGCCUUUAAAGUGUUACGUGAUUUCCACAGAAAAACAUUAGUUUGGGGGCAAAAAACAGCAAACUGAGCAUGUUUUUAAAAAAUAAAAGAUGUGUUGGUGCUUCUUAAGGUUGCAAUCAUAGGCCUGAAAGUGAACUCUGAAAGCAGAGGAGUGGGAGAGCAGGCUGAGCAGCAUUUCCUCACAUGCCUAUUUUACCAUGCAUUCAUGAUGGGCAUUAUGAUUAAUUUUAUUUUCUUUGGGGUUUGUCCAUUUUGUGCAAGGUAUACUCAGCUCUGUCUGGUCAUCUCCAGAGGGAGGCAUGUAAACAUCCCUUUUCUGAAUUGAGGCUGUGAAGGAGGAACAAGUUGCAGAGACUGAGAAAGAUGGCCAGCAAAGCAACAUGCAGCUCUCUGGCUUUUCAAGAAUGUUGUUCCAUAAUUCCCUCUGCAAACUUAAGACAACAAUGGUUAUUUGGAUUUUUAAGAAAGGAUACAUUGAUGUGAUAUCCUUGGGGGGGAAAGCUGCAUACAAGAAAAGCAUGUGCAGGCAUCAACAUACUUCAGUGAGUACUUGUAUUCUUUUCCCAUUUUAAUCUUGGUAAUGAUUUAAGUUGAAAAUUUUCUAGGGGGUAAUGAAGAUCCAUGCAGUAAAAACUAUAAAUCCUUCUUUAUCAAUACUAAAUCAUUGUCAAAGUACCAUCUUGCUUUAAGGGAUAAGUAGACUUAAAAACAGUGUUCUUCUCCAUCAACUCAGUUCUUCACCACCACUCAUCUUUGAAUCUUAUGGCUGCAUGCUGGGCCAGAAACCACCACUUCAUCUUGAGCAUCUUUGCCAUUCACUUUUCCUAUAGUGGGAUGGUAUAUCUCAGGGUGUAGCUAAAUUGGGAAGGGGUCAAAAUGAGGGUAUUGACCCGAAUAAGAAUUCUGCGUGUCCCCCUCCCCCCAUAAAAUUUUAAAAUACUUACUUAGGUACAAUUCUGCAUGGCCCAGCAUUCCAGUUUAAAGGGUUUGCAAAUCAACCAUUAUUCUGUGACCAAUAUAUGUUUGGUGUUAUUCUCUGGGAAAAAAAGCUUUAGACGUAUGUUGCUAUAACUUGGUUUACUGCAUAGUGCUCAGAGGGAGCACCCUGAUCCCCCCAUUCAUCAACCUGUGAAGAAAUCUGUGAUGGGUAACUCCAAUAUUUCCACAUUGCCUUUUGCACAACAUGGGGCCAUACAAAAGCAAGCAAGACAUCAUUCUGUGGAUGUCCAAGGGUCUGUGGAGUCUUGCCAUACUAUUGCCACAUAUUUCUUCCAAUCAAGAAAAACUUGGCAUCAACAAAAAUGUGGUAAGUAUCUUAAAAGUUAAGGGAUUGUUUUUCAGCAAAUACAUAGCAAGUACAGGCUGGUUGCCUGUUGAUCACUGUCAACUAGAGUAGACCCAUUCCUCCAAUUGUUGAGUCAACACAUAGACAAAUCCCAUUGAUUAAUGGGUCUAUUCAAGUCAAGACUAAUGGAUAGCAUUUAGGCUCUAGUGUGUAAGUGGGACUUGAGCAAGCAGGCACACAUCUUGAAAUUUUGUCCUCUAGCCUUUUUUUUUUAACUAUUCCUAAUAAUGCUGUUUCUGUUAAUGAAAAAACAUGUUGCUGCUUCUAAGAUCUAUAGUGCUAUGAUUGCCACAACUUUGCCAGAUGCAGGGUGGCAUCCUAAUGUGUAGCAUAUAUGGAGCAGCCCUUUCUACUGCCUCAAAGAAUAUCCAGUUUCCUGAAAAAUACUUAUCAAGUGUAGAAUGAGGAACACUCCUACUUUCAUCUAGAACAGCGGUUCCCAAACGUUUGUCCUCCAGAUAUUUUGGACUUCAGCCCUGAGAAUUCCUGGGGCUGCUGGGAGGUGAAGCCCAAAACACCUCGAGGACCAAAGUUUGAGGACCACUGAACUAGAAAAUGCAAUUGCAUGCAGAAAAGGGUUGUGUUACUUACUUGGACAAAGUGAGGAGGACUGCAUAAAGAAAUCCAGUAAAUCAUAUAACCGUUAUUAUUUUGUUCUACUCGUAACGCUGCGUAACAGGCUGAGUAUAAACUCAUUCCCCCAAGUGCUGCUUAGCCAUAGGGAAAUUGCCUCCUGUUGCUCUACUGGAUACUAUCUGUUUGAAACAAGGUGAACACCUGAGCCAUAGCUGCACCUAUUUGGACUCUCCCUCCCCUUUAACUUUGCUUUUCAUUGCCAUGUGUCAAUUCUGACAUGAGGUGCCUAACUGCAAUUAGCCCAACCCCUCGGUCUUGCAACCUCUCUGAUGUUCCUAAAAUCAUUUCUGAUCACUCCAUCUUCCAUCUUCUCUCUCACUCCUCUAGACCUGGUUUGAUUUUUGCUGAAUGUACCAGCACUAUUGUAUUUUACUAGAUGUGUUUUUAAGUAAAAAGAAAAGAAAAGAAAAAAUUUGUUCUUUAAAGUAAAAUUCUUACAGUACUGAUGUCUUUUUUAAAAGAAAAAAGGUGUUAUGGGGACGGGGGAAGAACAGUUUGUACUGUAAGAAAGUGGAGAUGAGUGCAUUUUUGCACUGUUGACAAAAUGUGAUAUUCCAAUAUUUCAGACAGAAGUUCUUGUGAAAAAGUCAUUUUUUCUAAUAUUUAAAAGUGUUUUUUGUAGAUUUAACUUUUUUUUAAUGCCCCCAAAAAUGUACUGGGUUUUCAGUUUCUAUUGCUACAUGAGGCUUGGGAGAGCUAAAGAUCUCAGUUUCCUUAAGAAGUUUUUGCUAUUUGCAUCAGCUCAGCUAGAACUUUGGACUCAAGUCUGAACAGACUUUAAACUGGAUCUUCCCUUCACACACAUCCUUUUUUCUUUUGUAUAAUAAAGUGCAAAAACAGCU